AGUGUUGCUCUCUCUCAUCCACCCUGUUAGCAGCCUCUCGGUUGAGCUGGAGACCACACACCCAGACCACACAGCACCAGCUGAACUCACUCGCACGCAACAUCUAGAGGCUGUCACUCUGCUGAGGUACUCAGUCAUUAUGAGGAGCUGUGUCUGAAACUUGAUGGCACAACUAAAUGCGAAGACAAAAAAGAAGAAAAGAAAACUAAAACAAAAAAUAAAAUCAGUCCUGCAAAUAACCAGCUUUUCAGCAAGUCCUACAAGUAACCAGCUUUGACUCACCUCUCUACCCUGCUUAUUUCCUCCAUCCCCCACCCAGCACACCCACACUUCACUGAACCGAACGACCCCAUCAUUUCACACGGGUCGGACUGGAUGAUGUCGGAAGUCUUUGCCAACCUAUUUGACUCUGGGGCUUCGCACAGCUCUGGCCCAGCCCGCGCAGCCCGGCGGGCACCGGCGCUCCCCCAGGCCGCUGUCAGACAUGUGAGACACAGGCAAAGGCCACGGAGCCGCUGCUGCCGGGCCCUGGCUCGCAGGGACGGCGCCACCAGCGCUGGGAAGGGCUGCCCGGCCCGGGCCCGACCUCGCCCGACCUGGGAGCGUCACCCAGCAGGACACCGUGUGUCCCCGGGGGAAGCCGAUGGUGGCAGGAAUCCCCCGCCCUGCCGGCAGCGCCCGGCGUCCUGGCGGGGGGCUGCCGAGGAGGAAGAGCCGCUGCAGCCGGGAAGUCACCGGGGGGGAGACGGCCGCAGCCCAGCGACGCCCCCUGCGCCCCGAGAGCCAUCGCCGACAGCUCCGUCCCCACGGGGCCGGGGCGGGGACGCGACGCUCGACCCCGCCCGGUGAGCGGAAGGCGGGGGGGAGGCCGAAGGGAGGGGGACGGCCUCCGCCCCGGGGAGGCGGACGGGGGGGAAGGGAAGGGGCCGGAGCAGCCCCGCAGCGCC